AUGACAAACAAAGGAGAAAUUGUUAAUUUGAGUGAUAAUGAUUUAAGUAUUGUAAUUACUGAAGGACAAAUGUUAAAUAAUGAUCAUAUAUUAUAUCCUUUUAAACCACCAGUAAUUUUCACAAUUGUUGAUCAACAACCAGAAAAUAGUCUUGCUUGUGGAAUAUAUGCAAUAGCAUUCGCAACAUCGUUAUAUUUUAAUAUUAUGCCCCAUUCUGUCAAUUACUAUCAUUGUAAUAUGAGAAAUCAUUUAAUGCUAAUGUUCAAAAACAAUCAUUUAAGGAAUUUUCCAUCUGUUCAAGUUCUUAAUAGUAGAUCUUGCAGAGUUGAAUAUGACUGGAAUUGUCUUUUAACAGAAAAAGAUAAACAACUGCAGUGUGGAGAAUCUUGCCCGAAAAUCAUAAAAAAGAUAAAUGAAGCAGAUAUUGCAUCAACAACACUAAAAAAAAGUAGAGCUGAAAUUCAAAAAAAUUAUCGUGAGAGGCAAAAAUUAAAACGUAAAAUUGAUAAUUUUAAUUGUUUAUAUGAAGAAGACUGUUCGACAAAAGAAAAACUUCAUGCCAUAUCCAAAAAAGAACAAAAUAUUGCAUCAACAACAGUUAAAAAAAGUAGAGCUGAGAUUCAAAAAAGUUAUCGUGAGAGGCAAAACUUAAAACGUAAAAAAGAUACAUCAAAUUAUUUAGAUGAAGGAGACUCUUCAACAAAAAAUAAACUCCAUGCCGAAUCUGAAAAAAAACAACUUCAGAGAAGGGGACCAUUCUGUUACAAAAUUCAAGGUCAAAUUUACUAUCAAAUUAAUAGCGCUUUAUAUCCGGAUAAAGGUGAAGAUCCAUGUUUUGGUCAAUUAUUUAUUUAUGAUCCUGAAGAAGCAAUUUGUUACAGAAAAAAAAGUAAUUAUAUUUUGGAUGAAGAAGUCUUAAAAACUAUAGAAAAUAUUAUGCGAAAUUCUAAUGUAUACACAAAAUCUUUUAUGAUGAUGUCAGAAGUAAUUAAAAUGGAAGCUGAAUUAGCAAGAAAAAGAAAUGAAGAUAUUCCUGAAUUACAAUUAUUAUUUACGUUGAAGAAAGGUUUAGAUAAAAAAAGAUACAAUUUUCAAAGUUUUAAUGAAGUUGCUGCAAUUUUUAAUACAAACUCAGAAGGAGAAAUACCAGAAUCCUAUGUAACGGUUUAUAAUAAAUCUACAAAGAAAUUAAAAUUAGUAAGUAAUUUGGAUCCCAAUGUUGAACCUUGGAUUUAUCCUAUAUUUUACCCAUUUGGAAAUAAAGGUUAUAAUAUUAAUAUGAUUCGUAGUGAUAGUGAUUAUAGAAAAAGAAACAUUACUAUUUCUAGGUCUGCCUAUGUCAAAUACAAAAUCGCAAUAAGAAAUAUGGAAUUUAAUCAAUUCUUACAUGGCGGGCGGUUGUUUCAACAAUGGGUAGUUGAUAAUUAUGUAAAAAUAGAAAAAGAUAGAUUAAGAUUUUGUGCAAAUAAUCAAGCUCAAUUGAGAAGUGAAACAUAUAAAGGACUGAUUGAUUAUUUACAUAAUCGUGAGUUAGAAAAUGAUGUACACGUUGGAAAAAUGCUUAUAUUGCCUUCUACUUUUAUAGGAUCUCCUCGCAAUAUGAUGCAACAAUAUCAAGAUUCCAUGGCUAUUGUUGCUCGUCAUGGUAGACCGGAUUUAUUUAUUACAAUGACAUGUAAUCCAAAUUGGAAAGAGAUAAAGGAAAAUCUAUUACCCCACCAAACUGCUGCUGAUAGACCUGAUAUAGUAACUAGGGUUUUUGCAUUAAAAGUGAAACAUCUGCUAAAAGUUAUUGUUGAUAAUAAAUUAUUUGGAGAGGUAAAGUCUUAUGUUUAUGUUAUUGAAUUUCAAAAGCGAGGAUUGCCACACAUUCAUUUGUUAGUUAUAUUGAAAGAAAAUUCUAAAAUAUUGACAGUUGAAAGUGUUGAUCGUUAUAUUUCUGCAGAAAUUCCUGAUGAAAAUAUUAAUCCUACCUUACAUAAAAUAAUAAUGCAAAAUAACAUUCACGGACCUUGUGGAGAUUGGUGUUUGAUUGAUGGAAAAUGUUCAAAAAAUUUUCCAAAACCAUACCAAAAUGAAACUACAAUUGAAGAAAAUUGCUAUGUUCACUGUCGUCGAAGAAAUAAUAAUAGAACGUAUGAACGACCAAAUGGAUUUGUUGUUGAUAAUUCUAAUGUUGUUCCUUAUUGUCCUAAGCUAUCAGAAAUAUUUAAUUGUCAUAUAAAUGUGGAAAUAGUUUCGAGUAUCAAAUCUGUUAAAUAUUUAUAUAAAUAUAUUUUCAAGGGGCAUGAUGCUGCAUCCAUUGUUAUCACAAAUGCGAAUGGUGAGGUAACUGUGAAUCACAAUGAAAUAAAUCAUUAUGAAGAAAAUAGAUAUGUUGGUCCUGUUGAGGCAGUUUGGAGAAUUCUAAGUAAACCUUUAGGAAAAAAGAGUCAUAGUAUUAAUCGUUUACCCAUACAUUUACCAAAUGAACAGAAUGUUAUUAUUCGAGAAGGAAAAGAUAGUAACGUUGUUACUUUUGACUUGAAGAAAAAUACAAAAUUACUGGAUUACUUUAAACUUAACCAACGUGAUAGUAAUGCUCAUCAGUAUUACUAUUCAGAAAUACCAGAACAUUAUACGUGGAUAACAAAAUCUGUUGAAUGGAAACAAAGAAUUCGUAAGGAAAAAGUAUUGGGAAGAAUGUAUUCAGUUAAUCCCUCUCAAAUGGAAUUAUUUCACCUGAGAUUAUUGUUGCUUACAGUAAAAGGAGCAACUUCUUUUGAAAGUUUAAGAACAGUUAAUGGAGUCGUGCUUGAAUCUUUUACAUCUGCUUGUUUGGCAUUAGGACUUGUGGAAGAUGAUACUGAGUGGAUUAGAACAAUGGAAGAAGCUACUUUAUGGAUGAUGCCUCAUUCACUUCGCCAAUUAUUUGUAAGAAUUUUAAUUCAUUGUCAUCCUGUUCACCCGGAUAAACUUUGGGAACAAUUUAAGAGGCAUCUGUCAGAAGAUUUUUCAAAAAUUAACAAUAUUGAGGCUGAAAAUAUGGCUUAUAGAAAUAUAAAAUCACUGUUACUUAAUGAAGGAUACAAUUUAACUGACUUUCAGGGAUUAUUAGACAUAGAAGAUGAAAAUCGUUCUAUACAAGUUGACGAUAUAAAUAUGUUAGAACAUAUUAAGAUAGGAGAACAAAAUUAUGAUACAUUAAAUGUAAAACAGAAAGUCGUAGUUGACUAUAUACUUCAAGUUAUAAAAGAUUCUUCUUUAAAUGGUUCUAAAUGCUUAUAUGUCAAUGGUUGUGGAGGAUCUGGAAAAACUUUUUUAUACAUUACACUAUGGCAUUUAUUAAGAAGCAAAGGAGUGAAUGUUUGUAACAUGGCAUUUACGGGUAUAGCUGCCACUUUGCUCCCUAACGGGAAAACUGUUCAUAAAGUUUUAGGAUUACCUGUUCCACUGUAUAGUGAUUCAACUUCAAACAUUAAAGUUCAGUCAAAAGAGGGACUCUUUUUAAAAAAUAUAGAUGUUUUUAUUUGGGAUGAAGCACCAAUGGCUCCAAAAUAUGCCUUAGAAAUUAUGGAUUAUCUAUUAAGAGAUAUAAUGAAAUCAAAUGUUCCUUUUGGUGGUAAAAUUGUAAUUCUAGGAGGAGAUUUUCGACAAACUUUGCCAAUUAAAGAACGAGGCACUAGAUCAGAAAUCGUAAAUUUAUCCAUAAAGAACAGUAAACUAUGGAAACAUUUCAAAAAAUACACUUUAACAGAAAAUAUGAGAGCCUUACCACAGGAGACGGAAUUUGUAGAUUUUCUACUUAAAGUGGGCAAUGGUGAAUUAAAUGAUGUAGAUGAUAAUGUUAAAUUACCAGAACAUAUUAUUCAACAUGGAAAUGUAGAUAUUGCUGAAGAAAUGUAUGGUCAUUUGAUACAACAGAAUAAAUUUAGAGAGUUGUCAGAGUGUGCAAUUUUAGCACCUAGAAACGUUGACGUUGAUGAUAUUAAUAAGAGAGUGGUGCGUCUCUUAGACAGUAAUGGGGAAAAAAUGUAUAAAAGUAUUGAUUCUACUGAAACUUGUGAUAAUGGAAGUUUUGCGGAAGUCUUGUUACCAGAAUAUUUAAAUACUCUCUCUCCGCCUGCUUUACCACCACAUGAAUUACAUUUGAGAAUUAAUUCAGUUGUAAUGCUUAUUAGAAACCUUAGUAUUAAUGAAGGUUUAUGUAAUGGAACAAGGUUAAUUAUUUUAGAUUUAUCACAUAAUGUUAUUAAAUGUCAAAUAUUGACUGGAGAUAAGAGUGGAAAUAUUGUUUUUUUACAUAGAGUAACUCUAUAUUGUGAAAAUUUAUAUCCAUUUACUUUUAAAAGAAGACAAUUUCCUAUAAAAUUGGCUUUCGCAAUGACUAUCAAUAAAUCUCAAGGGCAAACAUUCAACAGAAUAUCCAUUGAUUUGAGAAGAGAUGUCUUCAAUCACGGUCAGAUGAAUGAAAUUAUUUCAAAUCUAAUAUAUUGGAAUAAAGGUAGAAUUGCAAAUUGGUUUGGUUAUAUUGGAUUAAAGGCAAAAUUGGAAAUUGAUUUGGUCAUUUUGGAAUAA